CCAUGCUACGUGAUAAUAUCCAAAGUUUCAGAGUAUGCCACGAAUUUAUUGCUUAAGGUUUUUUUGUGUUGUUGUUGAAAUAAAAACAUUUAAUCUACUGGAUAACUAAGGUAUAAAAUAUUUAUAUCCCAGGCACAAAGUUGUAACUUUGCUUGUAAGUUUCCUAUAUUUAUUUUUAGGUAAUGUUUUCUGAUACAUAAAGUUAUGUUUAAUCCCGCAACUUACCCAGUAGACUAGAAGAACUUAGAACUAAAAGACUAAAACAGCCAUUCUGCUUGAAAAACUGUGGUUGACUUACGGAAGGAGUUACCUUUGGCAGUAGUGGUGGCCAGCAUUUUACAGGAGUUUAAGAAAGGAAUUGGGGAUUUCUUGGAAAGUAAUCUCUCUUACUUGGGUGGCUUUUGCACGUGUCCAAGUUAAAACAGUAUGACCGAAGAUGGGAAAGAAGUAUCUGAUAUGCAAGUUGACUUAGAAACUCGGAUCAUCCAGUUGUGCCAACAAAAUCCUAAUGGAGUUACAGAUAAACUUAUGCAAGCUGAAAUAUCAGGCACCACUGUAAAAGAAAGAGCACAUGGCCUGAACCGGUUGCUGUCUCAAGAUCGUUUAGAGAUACUGAAGCAAGGUAAACAGUUGCUUUAUCGCCUGAAGACUUCUGAUAACUCUCAGAAAGUUAAGGGAGCAGACAAUGAAGAGAAGAUUGUGUAUCAGAUUAUUGAAGAUGCUGGAAAUAAAGGAAUCUGGAUUCGAGACAUCAGGUUUAAAAGUAAUUUACUUCUUACCCAAGUAAACAAGGUCCUGAAAAGUCUAGAAGGAAAGAAGCUGAUCAAAGCUGUUAAAUCUGUAUCCGCCUCCAAGAAAAAAGUGUACAUGUUGUAUAACCUCGAGCCAGAUCGUUCGAUCACUGGUGGAGCUUGGUACAGUGACCAAGAUUUUGAAUCUGAGUUUGUUGAGGUUUUGAACCAGCAGUGUUUUAAAUUUCUUCAACAGAAGCUGAUGACAGCUAGAGAGGCGACCAAUGACCCAAUCUCUGAAAGAAAUGCUUCAUAUGCCUCUUCAAAAGAUAUUUGGAAAUUCAUCAAUGAACUUGGUAUUAGCAAGGUAACACUGAGUGCAGAGGACAUUGAAGCUAUCUUGGACACGUUAAUAUAUGAUGGAAAAGUAGAGAAAACAAUUGUUGCAUCUCAGGUCACGUCAGGUUCAACUGGUGGAAUGACGAGGUUAUAUCGAGCCGUAGAACCUUUAAUAGAAAGUACUGGCUUGAUGAGGUUACCCUGUGGAGUGUGUCCAGUGAUGGAAGAGUGUCAGGAAGGAGGGGCUAUUUCACCAUCUAAUUGUCUAUACAUGAAGCAGUGGUUAGAUUAUUGAUGAAAUGGAAUAAAAAAAACUGUACAUAUUCAAAAUGGUCACGUGUACU